GGGGAGACUGUAGAAAGUAUCAAAUUAUUCAGAACUCCUUUUAAUCUCCUUUGGAGAUAUCCUCUCAAGAAGCAGCUUUAAAGAAAUAGCUUUUAAUGUUUUUAUCUGACACCAAGGCUUUUCCGAUGCUUCACUUCCCCAGAGCAUCCCCGUAUGUUUCCCGGACCCUCUUGUCGUGGUGCAGCCCGGCGCUGGCGGCGGUUCGUUUGUCGGCGGGAAAAGCGGCAGUGAAGUAGAGUGCGGCCGGCUGGCGGGGAGCGGACGCUGAAAAGCCGCGGAGACGGCGAGGCCGUGCUGCUGGGCGGGUGAACGCUGCCCGGAGCCGCGGAGACGGCGAGGCCGUGCUGCUGGGCGGGUGAACGCUGCCCGGAGCCGCGGAGACAGCGAGGCCGUGCUGCUGGGCAGGUGAGGGCUGCCUGGGCUGCCGGUACUUACCCCCUGAAGAUAUUAUUUGAUGUAAAAAAAAGCAUCUGAGAUAAGGAAUAAUGAGAAAACAAAAAGUUGCUUCAACUUCAAAAGGAACUAAUUUGCAGGGUUCUAAGGCUGCAAGAGCUAAAAAAGGUGGACGAAACCAAACAAAACACAGACAGACUCCUGUUAAUAAAAAUAAAGACAAAUCAUCUAGUCAAAAGCAUCCAUAUUUUUCCCCAAACCUAUCCAGCAUUUUAAAAAAUUCAGAAAGCCAGUAUGAUGAUUUACAAAAUGAAUAUUAUGAUCAUCCAUUGCACAGCACAGCAGUGUUUUCUGGUGAUUUAGAACUGAACGAUGAAGGAAAUGAGAAAAGGGAUGAAGAUCUUGCACGGAGUAAUAUGCAUAAGGAGCCUAUAUGGCACUCUGCACCUCAGGGUGAAAAAAUCAGGAAUGAAAAAUGUCUUGAAGUUCCUGCUCACAUAUCUGAAGGUGUGGAACCAGAGGGAAGUGGUAUAGAUACAGAAGUUAACAACUGUGAAGCCUCAAGUAAGAGAACAUUGGAACCUGUUAAAAAGUCACAGCCUGAGAAGGUGAUGGUGAAAAAAAGUUCACAGGCCAGAAAAUCCUCCAAUUUAUCUAAGGAUGCUCAGUCGUGGACAAGUGCAAGAAAAGGUUCUAGUGAUCGGAACUCCAGAUUUAGGCAGAGGACUCUUUCUGCUGGUGCUACAAAGAGGCCGUUGGCUGAUACUCGUGCAUCUAUUUCAGUGCAAAAAAAACUAAGGAAGCAAGCAGGUACAUUAACGGAUCCUAGAAGGGGAUCUGUUCUCACAGAACCUCCCAUGGACAUUUCAGUGAGCAAUGAUGGUAAAACCCCAGGACAGAGCAAAGAGAAUACCUUGGACAGGACAUCAAUUGGAUCUGAUGCUUCACCUAAUUCAUCUUCAAUGAGACCUGCCACUCCAGAAGAUGGACCUUUAUCUCUGAAAAUCUGGUGCCCUGAAGGUGUUAAGAGGUUAUCAAAAGAUGUCACUGAACUGGAUGUGGUUCUCAAUGAUUUUGAACAGAUUGUUACAGAAUUUAGGCAGUCUGUGGAACCCUUUACUUCCAGAAAAGUAGUUAACAGAUUUUUUAUUAACUUAAAGGAGGAAGUCACUGAAACUAUAAAUCAAGUACAAGAUUUGAAAAGCUUGCAAAGAAAAAAUGUAAAGGUGACAUCAAGCUUCAGCAGGAUGAGGAAGCACUUUCUUGUCGUUCAGAAGGAAUUAAAUGAGCAGGAAGUAGAACUUAAACGAUUACAGAAGGAACAUGCAGAAUUGAGCCAGAAGAAAACAGAUUUGCAGCAUGCCACACAAUUCUUGUCCGGGUUUAAACAAUUGAAAACACGGUACAUUGAACAUAGGAAUAAAAACCCGAGUGAAACUGAAACGUAUGAUAUUUCCAGCUUUCCUGCACUGCUGGUAGAAGCACGAGGAAUUCUGGGAGCUGAGAAACAGCUUCAUGUAAUAAAUACAAAGAUACAGCAGUCACUGGACAAGAAGUAAAGCCCAGUUUUUCCAAAGCGCAUCCAAGCUGUUGAUUUUUUAAAAAACCAGUAAUAUUAACUGACCUCUUUUAUAUCUUUUGAAUUGAUUGAAGACUCUUUCCUACCUUACCACUGACUAGCCUUGUAAAAUGCUACACGGUGAGGUGAACCAAGUUCUUGAUAGGCGCAAUGUAGACCUUCUAACCAAGAAAAGGUAGGCAGUGGUUUGCAUAAUUAAUAACUACAUGAAUUGCAGUAGGUGUAUGCUGUUUCUCACAACUCUGAGGGUUGAUCUUGCUGUUUCAAGGUAAUGUUCUUAUGGCCCAGUAUCAAAUUGGCCAAAAAUAAUGUACAUUUUGUGAUGUUUUUGUCUAUAAACAUCUCUAUUAAGAGAAAAACUUGAGCACAGUGUAUAAAGGUCAAUAGACUCAGAUUUUUAAGCAGAUGUAAUUUAAUAAAAUAAUUGUACAUAAAAUGGCAGUAUUUAUUUCAUAAAGUAGAAAUGGAUAAAUUAAACAGCUAUUGCUGCAGGAAUAUCCUUGCUGUAGAUGCUAAUGAAAUGCAAAUACUGAACAGUUUCUGUGGAGAGCUGUUCGAAUCUCAGGCAUGGUAUGUUUUGCUG